GCAGACGUAUAUGAAAGGCAGGUGUAACUAGAGUGUAACACGUAGUGAAAAAUCGAAUUCAAUUUAUUCUUCUUUAGUUGGAUAAAAUUGUGGAAAAUAUUUGAAAAUACUGUUAUCUUUCAUGUUGUGUUUCGUAUUAAAUAUAAGAAAAUAUAUAUUAAGUGAUGAAAGCUACUAAAGUCGAUAGAUGUGUGUAUAUGUGUUCAAAGAAAAUUUAUUCAAAGUAGAAUUUAAAACAUCAUAAACUUAUUGACUAUUAAAGAGAUGAUCUAGUACACAUCAUAACUUAAUGUUAAAAGAGUAAAGUUUCCUAUCGGGAAGAAGUUUUGAGAGUUUGUUGUACACGAAAACACCAAAGCUUUCAAGAUAACAACAUGAUCUUCUCCUUGUAAAACCAAAAGGUAAAAGCAGCGUAAAUUAUGCCACGUGAGAGGAGCUGAAAUCGAUUUAUUCUUGGAACGGAGUACCGAUUGUUUUAUUGCAUAUUUUGGUUGGUUGGUGGUUUGUUUUUGGUUGAUAAAACAUUUGUUACAAGAAUAACGCCAAUGCAAGAAUAUAAUCUGUAACUAGUUCAUGUCUACAACCUUUUUGUUUGGGAAUUUACACAGAGUUGCAACAACAAUACUACUAAACCCACAGGCUCAUGUGAGUGAGUGCUGUUUGCUAUGCAUUUUUGGCGCUGGGAAUCAUGCGAGCGAACGCAAAUCAGUUGGCUUAGUGAAUAUUGUGGCUAUCUUCAAACCGAUAAAUAGUUAUAUAUAUAUCCCUCUACAUAUAUAUAUAUAAAUAAAAACAAGUCGCAGGCCAACGCCUUAAUAUUAUAACAGUAAAAUAAAGAUAUUUGUCAACGCGAAAAGCGAUUUUCAUAGAGUAGCGAUUUGUUGCAGUCAUGCUGAAUCCCAAUCACACGGGCGCAACGCGACGACCCUUCUCGCGGAAUGCGCCAUCACGCAAUCAUCGCUGCCGGCUGCUCUUCUCCCCGCACAAUCAAUCCUCACAUCACUUAUUGCAACAGCAGCAGCAGUUGCAAACACAUACACACACACAUGCGCACGGGCAAGCUCGCAGCGGCGGAAACGGCAACGGCAACGCCGCCAGCAGCAGCAGUACUAGUUCCUCGACCGGACAUGGUGGACCGUGGUAUAAUAAUAACAAGGAUGGCAAUAUUGACAACUGGAAUACGCUCGGCGAUGCUCCAACAAGUAAUAAUAAGAGUGGAAGUUGUCCUAAUAAUUGCCAAGGAAAUUACUGUAGCCACCACCACCACUGCCACCAACACAAAAACCACCAUCUCCACCUCAGUCACAAACUUCACAACCAUAAUAAUCAUAAUAUUAACAACGAGCAUAUCACUCACCCAUCUUGUCAUAAUCAGCUUAGUCAUAGCCAUAUUAGUAGCAAUUCGAAAAGUUGUUCUAGUCAUCAUCACUAUAAACACAAUAGUACAAAUGAAAUCCACCAACAUUAUCGUACAACACACAAUCACUGUCAAUAUCAAGCGCAAAUUCCUAAAGUCCAACAGUCCAGCUACAAUGCCAUUUCCUCUAGCUCUAUAACUAUUACCGCACCGAACUCUAGUUCUGCAACUGCUUCCAACUCGGACCCAGCAUUUGUCACCUCAGCACCAGCAUUAUGCUCGCCAGUUGCCGCCAACUCCACCACCAACAAUUUGCUACACUACCCCAAUCAUAAUCCCAAGCCUCCCCCCCAUACCCGAUUUAGCGAACUUUUGAAUAAUAUUGCGAUGUCGUCACGGUCUUCCUCAGCAAUUUUUGAAGCUGCACCGUUGACUUGUAAUAUAAAUGAUUACACAAAGAUUUCAAAUGUAAGAGUACACAGCCCCCUAAGACCGCUCCAGAUCUCCCAACCAUAUAACGCCACCACGGCUACUACAACCGUCUCCAUAACCAAUUCCCCUUCUUCAAAAAUUAAUUGUCAAGAACCGCAUUCCAAUUCUCAAAAUAUGAAAAUUUCAAAUACAAAAACUAACACACACAUACAACCGCAACAAAGCCAGAGUCGUAGACAUUUACAUCGAAAUCGUACAUUGUCUCUGAAUCAUGUUGAUCAUGGUCAUAAUCAUUACCCAAGUACAGUUGCAUUACAUACAUUAAAUAGUAAUUGUGAGAAUGUUAGUAGCAAUCAUCAUCAGCAUCAUCGUGAACAUAGUCAAAGUAAAAAUCAUCAUCACAACUCGUGCAAAAUCCCGACACACCAACAUCACCACCAGAAUCAAAAUAUACCAACUAACCACCAAUCCCAAGUCCCGCUAACAAAUACAAAUCUAAUUGCCACACACACUACAAAGUCUACAACAACAACUGAAAAUAGUAAUUGUACUGAUGAUGUGAAUGUAACUUCUUGUACUGACAUAAUUUCUCAACCUGAACCAACAACAACAACGUAUCCACCAAUAACUGCAACGCGCCAACAAAUGAUGCCACAACAUGUGAAUAACAAACAACAACAAAAACAAUGGCGACGACCGCAACGCCAACACCCACACCAACAACAUGUGCCUUUGAAAACGGCAACAUUGUCAACAAUGGCUACAACAACGGCAACAACAACAACCACAUCUGUCUCAUUUUCACAACAACAAUCUCUACCCCGUCCACCAUCACGGCGUCAAUGCGCGGCGAGUACAUCUUUAAUGUCUACCCGAUGUUUGCCGACAACCACAACAACAACAACAACAAUUCCAUCUAAACGUUUAAUAUUUAAUGAAAAAAAUAAAAAUCGCAAUAAUAAAAAAAUAAUCGUAUUAAAAACGAAUGUACCUGCUGUCACAAUGACGACAACAACAACAACAUCAAAUGCCACAAUGAUCUCACCAACGACAACAAUAUCAACAAUAACUGUAACUGCAACACAUUCCCCGUUAACUUCGACACCGUCGUCACUCAUUCAAAAACCACGCAACUCCGAUUUCAUACGAAACCCGCCCAUUUCCGAUUUCAUUUCCACGCUUUCUAAUUGUACUCCUUCCACCUGCAAAUCGGCACGAACUUCCUCUUUUGUGCCCAUUUUCUCCAACGAUCCCUCUUCUACCACAACAACGGCGAUGUCUGCGAUCUCGUUGGAAACUUCGUACACUGUGGACCUUGAAUCUUCCAACGCCAUGACGUCGGCGUCCGUUAACAAAAUAAUUGCAUAUAACGACAACAACAACAAUAACAAAAACAAUAAUAAUAUUUAUAAACACAAUGAAAACGAACCAAACGUUAAUAAUGAAACAUAUUCAAAAUGCUCAAACGAUUACAAUGUGUCUUGUGUUGAUCAUAUUGGUGGCAACAGUAGCAGCAACAACAACAACAACAAUAACGGUAGCAAUAACAACUAUCACCAGCAAUUCAGCAAUAUGAGUAUGGGUCAGCAAUCGCAUUUGCGGCAUAUGCGCUUUGGCAAUAAUGGGCGUGGCAUGGAUAGUGGUAGUAAUCAUGGUGAAUUUACGAUGAAUGGCAACAACAGUUAUCGGCGUGGCGGUGGAAACCUAAGUAACAAUAAUAGUGGAAAUAUUAACGCGAUGAGCCAUCGUCACAAUAAUGAGUAUUAUGGCAACAAUCAUCACAACUAUCAACACCAUCAGUAUAAUGAACAUAGUCGGCGACACAAUAAUAUUAACAACAACAACAACAACAACAAUAGCAAUAGCAGUAAUGCAUCUAACUCAGGAUUAUUUGAUAGAAAUCAUAAUAAUAGCAAUAAUAACAAUAACAAUGUCAAUGUAAAUCUGCAUGGGAAUAGCGGCAGUGGCAACAACAGUGUGCAUUUUGAUGGCCCUAAUGGUAACAAUCAUUCCCGGAGUGCUGACUUUCACGCUGACAACCGCACAGAUCGUGGUAGCUUAGCCGACGUUAGUAGCAAUGGUCCUGGCGGUCAGUUUGGCUACAACACAGGCAGAAAUAGUAAUAAUUAUGGACGGAAUGGCCACCAAAAUACCGGUUCUGGUAAUUACAGUUACCACCACUAUCAUCACUACAGCAAUAAUGGGCCAUCAACAUCAGCGUUAGCAGGCGUUGGCGGCAGUGUCUCCAACCUUUUAGAUGGACCAAGUGGCUCUACUGGUAUUAUGGGUUCCACUUCUUCACUAAACAGUGGCGCCCAUGGGCUGAAAUCGGACAGUCCAUCGCGCAAGAGACGGCGCAUAUCCGGGCGCAUGCCUAGCCAGUCACCGCCAGCUCUAUGGGAGCAACGACGUUCGCCUCGAAAUCAAGUGCAACAAGGUAGUCCUCCGAUACGCCGUCCCCGUCUGCAUGACACUGGGUCAUCUCAUCAUAAUCGCAGCCAUCAUGGCAGUAACAAUAGUAUUUCUGGCAAUAGUAUCAACAAUACGAAUGCCAACAACAUUAGUGGAAGCCAUUUGCAAAACUAUCAUCAGCCACAACAUUCAAUACAACCCACGCCAUAUUACCUCCGACAGCACAUGCCACCACCACCCGCUUUACAACAACAACAGCAACAGCAGCAGCAACCAGCACCAGUACCCCCAACGCUACACCAAACACAAUCUUUAACACAAGCACAGCCACAAAUUCAACAACGUUCACCAUGGGAGCACUCACUAUCUGCUGCUGCAGUCCUACCUAGCGCGAAUGCAGCACCUGCGACCGUGAACGCUUACAUGCAACAAACUCCACCUCCACCACAAUCGCCUGGCCAUCAUCAUCAAACAUCGUUGGUGGGCGCACCACCGCCACCACCACCUUUGAUGCUGGACAUCAAUCAGGUGCCUGUCAGCCUACCCUUGCGACAUGCCGAGCCUAUUUGGGCCUCAAUCUGCACUUAUCCUGCACCACCGCCUCAAGCUAGAAUAGCACCAUGUCAUCUGCAUGGUAUUUACACACAACCGUUCACAGCUCAAGCAUGCAAUACACAUCCCAGUGCUCAAUUCACCCAAGGCCCACCUGGGUUUGCUGCAACCACCGGCGCUCCAAUACAAAUGCCACAGCCGCAACAGGUGCAGGUUAGUGCAGCUACUGCUGCACAGCAACAACAUACGCAACAAGCUGCCGCCCUUAUGGCAGCCGCUUCAGUCGCCGCAGCUAACUAUCAACAUGCUCAAUUUACCCAGCAACAACGUACUGAGGCAGCAGCAGUGGCAGCCGCUGCAGUAGCGGGUCUUUCACUCGAACAAGCCGGCGUCCAUCAUUUGGAAGCUCAUCAAGGACAUCAAGCCGCUAUAUCCACGCCUCCGACACAUCACAAUCAAUUGCAAGCCACACCAAUUCAUAUAACCUCCAUGUCAGCAGUUGCGGCUGCAGCAGCACAUCACCUGCGUACUACUGCGUCGGCAGCGGUACAAAUGUCUGCGGCACCACAGCCGAUUUUGCUCUCCACAGAGAGACGUGUUUUUCCACCACAUCGUCGUAUUACCCGUUUCUGGCCCUCAAAUCAUCCGCAUGGACCACACCGGCAUAUGCUUUCGCCACAGACUUUGGGCCCACACCAAGCGACGCCUGUGCAAAUUCAGACAACAACUGGCAUCAUAAAUCCAGGCUUCUUACUUAAUUUCCUUGCCAUGUUCCCGCUUUCACCUUAUAAUCAACAUGAACUGAACUCACCAGAUUCCAACGAGACGGAAAACUACGAAGCUUUGUUAAGUUUGGCAGAGCGUUUGGGUGAGGCUAAGCCACGAGGCUUGGCGCGAAAUGAAAUCGAUCAAUUGCCGAGCUAUAAGUAUAAUCCAGAUACACAUAGUGGUGAUCAAACGUCUUGCGUUGUUUGCAUGUGUGACUUUGAGUUGAGGCAAGUGCUCCGUGUGUUACCUUGUUCACACGAAUUCCAUGCAAAAUGUGUGGACAAAUGGCUAAGGUCAAAUCGAACCUGCCCGAUUUGUCGGGGUAAUGCUUCCGACUACUUCGAGAAUUCAGAACAACAGCAACAGCAGCAGCAGCCGCAAACUCAACAAACACAGUCUCAAAUCCAAACACAACCUUCAACGCAACAACAAACUCAACCACCAGCAACUACAACGCAAACUGCGUCCGGGCAACAGCAGACACAAGCAACACAAGCACAUUAAAUGUAACGAAAUAAUGUGUAUGGGGAGGAAAAUAAUAGAGUAUGCAAAAUAAAAAUACAUAUGUACCAAAUAUUGCAAUGUAACGGUAAAUGAUUUUACUAUAAACCUAAAAUCAUACAAGUCAGGCACUCUUCUAACGUCCACGUCCAAUAAAUGUAUUUGUACUUCUUUGUGUUUCCAAUGAAACCACCUUUAAGCUAGAAAUUUAUUACAAUCUAAGUGAAAAAUAUAAGAUAACUAAAAGUAGCGACAUGUGUACACACGCCAUUCAAAUUGAUAACUCCUAAAGGCACAUACAUACAUACAAACACAUAUGUUAUAAUAAAUUGUUAUUAAGAUUAACAAGUGUAAGAAAAUCACACAAAAAAGCAAGUUUUGAACUAAAUGCAAUAAGAUUAGUUGAUUAAUAUAUAUUCUAUAUAAUGGAAUGCAACUAGACAUUUACAUACAUACGUACAUAGCUAUAUUACAUAUUUCUUCGGGCAUUGGCUGUAUUGCUAUUUUUUUUUAUAAAUAACAUUUCUCUAGUAGUUGAGUUGUGUAGUUGUACACGCCUGUUGGUGUAAUAACUUUCGUAAACGAUUUGUAAACAUCUACUUGUGGCUAAUUAUAUGGCAAAGAAAAUAAAUAAAACAAAAUUCAAUUUCUAUGGCGAAUUGUUGCUUUAUUUGCGCAGAAGUUAUGCUGAAGUGGUAGACUAAUAAGCAAUAAACUUAAACCUUGUCGAGAGAAUUUACUUCACAACUUUUUUUUAUGAACUACCUUCCCAAAAACAAUAGCAACACAUUUGAAAACAAAUUUGGAGUUUCAGUUUACUCACAAUUAAUAUACAUAUCGUCACCUGAAAUGCAAAAUAACGUAUCAUCAAAAAAUUCGAAAUUGAGUGUCUUAUUGAUUACGCUUCACCACUUCAAAUUAAAACAAUAAUAUUACAUAUUUUCAACAUUUUCAUGCUCUGCACUCAGAUAUAAACCAGUUUUAACCAAUAUUAAAUUUUGUUUUCACUCCUAUUCUGUUUUAUUGCGUGUUUCAUUCAUGCCACUUUAAAUUUCUGAAAAUGUUGUUACGUUAUUUUGCAUUUCAGGUGACGAUAUAAUUUUAUAGAAAUGCAUGUACAAUUCGUGCUUGCAAUGCUAGUAUAGCCUUAUCUGUGUAUGUAUACUACACUAUUUGAUAAUAAAAACCAAUUGUGGUUUUAUAUGUGUGUGUCUAAGUAAUGCUAUACUGCUAGAUUUAAGUUAAGCAGAAGCUCAGUGUAAUAAUUUUUCAUAAACAGACACACCAACCAGCUCCAGGUCCUUUAGUCGUAAAUAACAAACAUACAUAUAUACAUAUGUAUAUGUCCCAAUUGUAGACAGCACUAUUUUUUAUACGUCUAUCUAUGUUUAAAAAAUAAAAAAAAAAGUGUUAAUUGCCUUUAAACUACAACGAAUAUGUAACGUUUUCACGUAGCUAUUUAAUUAUAAAAUAUUGAGCAGUAACAAAGUCAAACGCUGCAUCUACUGCAACAAAAUACAUAGUGGUUAUGCACAUACUCGUACAUGCAUUCUAAAUGCAUGAAAUGCACAAAACGCGCGACAUAAAACACCAAUAACCAGCCGAGCGCAUAGUCACAUCUCUUGGAGUUUGCCAACUAAAAUAUUUUCAGCGCCCGCUAAACUUCUUCAAGUAACCGAAGCAAACCUCUAAAAUUUACUUUAUUAGCAAUUAUUCAGAACUAAACUUAUAUGGUGUAAUAUUUAAAAAAUGUAGGCAUUUUUAGCGUAUAUAUUGUCUUCCCUUAUCUUGGAAAAAUAAUUAAAUUUUUUCAAAUCCUAUAAACAUACAUUUGUUUACAUAUGUUUAUAUGCUUGUGUGUGUGUGUGAUUGUCAAUUUGGACAAGUUAAAUGCAAUAGACGUUAUGCGCGUAAUAUUUGUGCGAGCUUUAUUUACUGAAAUUGCGCUGAAUUUUGCAUGCGCGUUUACAUGAAGAACCUAAAAAUGAACACGUUCACCCUCGCAGAGUUUGUAACAGAGAAUAAUGCAUUUUUUUUCAAAAGAAUGUUUAUAGUAAUAGCCGAUAUAUGGUACAUAAAUACAUAUCGUCACUUAAAUGCAAAACCACUUAUCAACAAAAAAUUCAAAAUUGAGCUUUUUAUUGCUUACGAUUCGCUUUUAAGCUUCCGCUGUCAGAUAUAACCUAUAUAUAACCAUUUUAUAACCAAAACACACUUUUUGUUGCAAUAUGAGUGGUUGCUAUGAUAUUGUUUUUCCUGCACUUGUCAACUUAUGAAAAUUUAUGUUACGUUAUUUUGCAUUUUAGGUGACGAUAUAUAACAAAAAAUUACAACCUCCUUUUUAUCAAAUUCUUUAAAUUAAAUAUAAAAUGUGAACGGCUGCUAUUCCAGAGCAAAGAAUUUUAAGCAAAUAUUGCUUUGAUUUUAUUAUGAAAAUGUUUUUACAAUUUAAAUUAGCAGCUUAACAAUAGCAUGUUUAGCUUACCAUAAAUUAGCGCUUACCAUGCAGAUUUAUAUACAUAUGUACAUAUGUAUAUACACAAAAAUCAACAGACUUUUGUGUAUAUCAUUAAAGCACGCUUUAAAAAUCCGUUGUGUUCUUUAAGUAAAUGUGAGCAAUUAAUAUAUAAUACAUAUAGGUUUACGAUAUAUAUAAUACAUACAUACAUGCAAACAUGCAUGACAUAUGUAAAUUAUAUGCUGUGUGUAGAUUUAUCUUGAAGUAGACUAUAAAUAUUAUGUAUAAGCAAGAAAUAUCAAAAUUAUAACAAUGUAAUUCAAACAAUGUUCAUGUGAUUUGUAAUUUUAAAAACGCAUAUAUGUGUACAUACAUACAUAAAUAUAUUCUAAUUGCUGUGAGCGCGUAUGUAGUCGUAAAAAUUAAAAUUAAAAUUAACCGAUAUGUUUUGCAAUAAAUAAAUAAAAUUCAAGAAAAAAAUGUUAAUUGUCAUGUAUGUAUGAAUAUUAAUAUUUUUAUCUCAGCCGAAGCAUUAUUAUCAUAUGUAUGUAUGUAAAAACAGAAAAUGAGUUAAAAAAUAAAUAUCAAAUAUGUAUAUACUAAUACAUGCACACCUAUACUCGUAUAAAAUAUAAUGUUGCAUUAGUGCGCGUUAAAAAUAUGAAAUCGAUUCCUGCCCUCCAUUUGCAUAUUUAACGCAAAACAAUAUUUAUAUACAUAUGUAAUUGAAAUAAAAACAAAUUGCUAUUAAAUUAGUAAUAUACGAAUGCAAUUCGGUUAUUUAAAAAAAAAACUAAAACAAAAAAAUAAACCACAGCUAAUUAUGCACAAUAAUCCGUUUCCAUUAAUCCACAAUACAUUUCUAUAGCUAUAAGCAAUAUAAUUAUUUCGAAAAGGAGCAGCGCAUAUGCCAUUAUAGAUUAUCUAUGUGUUAUACAGUCGAACUAAUAUUGGGUAGUCGAAAAAGUCUUUUCGUAUUUUGCCAAUAUAACAACUCAUUCAUAAUUAUAUAACACCAAAGUUUAAGCCCAAUAGACUUUUAAAAUAAUUAGUUUAAAGACCACCGCAGCCAAUUGUUUUGUUCCUGUCUACGGUUAAGCGAGUGAUGGAAUAAAUUAACGAACCUCUGCACGUGUAUAAUUCAUAGAACCUUGCUUUAAUGGUAACCAAUCCUCAGCGAAUUAAGUAAAAGCUCGGUAUAUUUUCAGCACGAGAAAACGCUUCUCUGAAAAAUGUAUUAAGUAGUAUUCUAAACGCUCACAUUACACACAGGCGGAAAAUAUCGGCAAAUCACCUAGUAGAGUUGUAAGUGCCAAAAUAUUAUCAUUAAUUUUAUGUAUUUCUACUAUGAAAAACGCAUUUCUCAAUUUCGAUAUUAGUUUUUAGUUAGUUAGUUAGUUGGUUUACUUAUAUGGUCGAAGUUCAAUAACCCAUAAACCAUUAAUAAAUCUGUUUUUUUUUUAUGCCUGAACAGGGUUCUCAAGUUUGUCACGAAGUUGAUAAUACACAGAAAAAAGUGUCGGAGAACCUAUAAAGUAUAUAUACAAAAGAUCAGCGUGACGAAUCAGUUUUUGAGUUAUCGAUCAGAAAUUUUGCACACCUUCUUUUCUCCAAAAGUAGUCGCUCAUUUAUCCGAACUGUCUUAUUGACUUAUCGAAAUCUAGUGCUUGUAUGGAAUGUUUUUUUUUUAUUUGAGGACAUAUCUCAGUGAAAUCAGGCGCCACAACUUUCGAAUAAAUUUUUCACAGCACACUACUAUAACGUUUAUGUGGGUGCCAUACAAACUGACCGAACACUGCAUCGAGCAAAAUGCAGGCCGUUUCCACUACAGUUGGGUCUACGUAACCGGAACGGACCCAAGGACUGUCAAGUCGGUAGAAUUCUGCCGCUACAACAGCAAACACAAAAUACAGUCCUUAUAUAGAAUUUUUUUUUUUUUGUUAAGGUUAGUUUAGCUUCGGUGCAAGUGAAGUUGACCUUUCUUUUGCUCUAUCUUACAACAUUACACACUAGUUUCGCUUAAACUUUAAGGUUACUGGUUUUAUUGGAUUGGAGUGGAUAAACUACAGCAUAAUAAGCAAACGUUUAAAUAAAUUAUUUCAAAAUGAUGUAUACAAUCUAUUGAACUUGUGUAGGCACACACAUAUGUAUUUACAUUAAAAUGCACGUAUUUAUCUUCUUAAAUAACACUUUUUUAAAAAGACCACCAUAUUGUGCAAUUUCAAGAAUUUUCAAAUCACCAAUAUACUCAUAUAUUUCCCAAAUACUAUAAGUACUAUAAUAUAUGUAUAUGUACGAAGUCAAGCAUAAUUACAACAAUACAAGCAAAACAAAAAAACGAAUAUAUUAUUAAAUAAUAUUUGUUUAUGUUGAUUAUGAGUCGUAAAUAUAUAUGUAUAUGUACUAGCUGGUUUAUUGAAAAAAAAUAUAUCACAUGAGUAUAUAUGUAUGUAUAUAGCAAUGUACGUGGUUAUCUUUUAUACUUGCACAAAUAUAUGGUACUAAUUAUACGUAAAACCUUUAUUCAUAUGUAAGUGUAAGAAAAGUAUUGUGAAAUAGUGCUUAUUUGUGCUGCUUAAUAUUAGUUUAAAAAAGACAUUAAAGUUAAAUUAAGUUUUACAUAUAACAAUUUGUAAUAAAUGGACAUAAAUAAUUAGCUUGCUGACAUACAUACAUAUUAACGUAUAUGCGUAUAUUGUUAUAAUUUUCUUUCACAUUUAUCAUUAACAUCAGUUGAUUUACAUUUAAAUUGUUCAAAAAUAAAAAAAUAAAAAUAAUAAAAUAUUUUUUUUUGUUUCAUUAUUAAAAUGUAAACAUUUUAAGUUGAAAUAAUCGAGAACGAAAAGUUGUAUUAAAUAUGUAAAAUUCCGCUGUGAUGUAUGUUAUAUGAAAGCAAAGAAAAGUAAUAAAUUAGUCCCUGGCGACACUUUGAAAUACAUGCAUAUAUAUCAUAGAUUACUUAAUAAGCUAAAAUUGUAAACAAAUAUUAUAUAAUGAUGCAACUACACAAAAUUAAAUUCAAAGAAAGAUCAAUAAAUACAUUUCUAUGUGGAUCAGAUA